CCUGCACCCCUCAUGACCGGACUGAGCUGGGCCGGGGAAAGAAUGAUAAACAAAGCAGAGCUGAGGCGCCCACGCCUUUGAAUGUAAGAAGACCCGCUUUGGCUUCUGCCCAGAUUGGGAGGGAGGGCGUGAGGGAAGGCGGUUCAGGUAGAAGGCGCCCGCCAUUUUGGUCCCUCAAACGACCGCCUCCGCGCCAGUGCGCAGGCGCCGAAGGGCGGGGGACCGGCCUGGCCGCCAUUAAGGCGCAGGGUGGCGGUGGUGGUUUUUCUCUCUCUUUUACCUCAGCGACUCCGCGGCUUUCUCUCUGGGCCUGAAGGGAGCGACCUGAGGUGAGCUUGGCGAAGCGUCGGCUCCCCUUCCCCUCAUUGUCGACACGGCUCGGACUGGCGAGGGACUGAGGGAGACCAGGUGGUGAAGCGGCGUUGGCGGGCCGGGCGGGGCCCUGCUUCCUAGCCGGCCGCCAUUAUGCGCCACAGCCUGGCCCAGCUGCUGGCCACCUCGUCGAGUGAGGGGAGCCCUCGGGUGCCGGCGGCGGCCUGCUCGUUUCCUCGCGAGGCGCCCUCCGGCAGGGACAGCCCCGGGGAGGCGGGCAACGAGGCCGCGCCGCGCCAUGAGGAAGCAGCGGAGGCCGGUUUCCUCGACGAGCCGGACGAGGAGCUGCUGUUCCCGCCGGGCCUCGAGUUGGACGACUGGCUGGAAGCGGCGGUGGCCGAAACCCGCCCGGAGUGGGACCGGAAUGAAGAAGGAAGCGGGAGCCUGAGCCCCACCGCCGCCUCGGAGUCGCCGCCUCCUCCUCCCUUGCCGGGCUCCAAGUCGUCCCGGCGUCCGGGAAGCAACCGGCUGAAGGCGGCGGCCGCGGCUCGCCUGAACCGCCAGAAGAAGAAGCAGUACGUGCUGGGCCUGGAGACCCGCCUGCAAGGCCUGGCCGCCGAGAACCGCCACCUGCGCGACCGCAACCGAGGCCUUUGCCGCCGCCUGCGCGACUUAGAGCGGGAGACCAGCUACCUGCGCGCCGUGCUGGCCAACCAGAGCGCCCUGGGCCGCCUCCUGAGCCAUUUGGCCGGCGACCGGGCCGGGAGAGUGGGGCUGAGGAUCAGCACCAGCCUCUUUGAGGAUCCGCCGCGGGCCCCCUCGAGGACUUAUUCGGCCCCCGCGGAGCCCCGGUUGUCUUGGGAGAGGAGCAGCAGUUCCUCAUGCAGCAGCAGCAGCAGCGACCACGAUUAUGCCCUGCCCGCCCCAGAGGAAGAGGAAGAAGAAGAGGAGAAAAAAGCGCUUUCUUCAUCCUCCGCCGGCGGCGGCGGCAUUUGCCUGCACGUGGAUCGGGACCAGGUUUCGGUCGAAUUCUGCUCUGUGUGCGCCAGGCGGGCCGCAAGCUCCGCCUGGGCAGCCAUUCCAGCUGCUUCUCCCUCCUUCGCCGCCAAAAUUUUCUCUUUUAGGUGCUUGCCCUGCCAGGCUCCGUUGUGUAGGGGUUAAAAGAAAAGUCGUUUUCCACUUCGCAACCUGGUAAGGAUCCAUCAUAUUCCCAUAAUAUGGUAUCAGACAACUUUGCUUUGAUGCUUAGUCUGAGGGUUUUUUAAAAUUGUCCUGGACUAGUCAUUAGAAAUGUCCAGAAGUCCCUGAGCCAUUUUGAAGUUUUUAGAAUCACUUAAUCCUACCUGAGCAAUUUGCAAGUAAUGGUUACUCAUUGUAGUCUUUGCCGUUCUUUAUUUCUAACAUGAAAAAUAACUUCAAAAUACCUGCUAAAUGUAGCCCCUCUACACAUUGAGAGUACAUAUUUCAGAACUUUUUUUAAACCAAAAUAUACAUUUUGGCAAUAUUGUGGAAAAAGAAAGAACAAAAAUCUGCUCUUUAAAUGAGAAUUUAUGUUUAAAGACAUAAAUGAGCCCCUAUACAUUUCACUUUGUCCAUUGAUAUAAAGCUUUUGGACUUACAGAAAUUUUUUGUUAACUACUAGCUUCCCAGAUUAGCAAUAGGGGGAGGGCCAUAUGGCUAAGUAAGGAUACUAAGUUCCUGACUUAAAAUGUUGGGUCCUUUCUGUUUCACCUGUUUGGGAUAAAUUAUACAAUAAGAAUUGUGUAAUGUGGAAGUAGGAGUUUCCCAACUGUAUUUACACAGAUUUUGUCAGUGAGACAAAGUCGGAGUUCUUUCACUGCACAGCUAUAAGAAGCUUAAAGAUGGUAGUUCAAAGAAUACAUUAAACUUUAAUUAAAUUUGUUGUCCAAAAGGGGAGGGGGUUGGAACAUUUUAGCUAAUAAAAUUUUGUCAGUUACAUCUGCUCUAAGUCUUAAACUGGUCACUACAUUUAACCAAACUGUAAUAAAAGAAAAUUGGAACGCCAGUUUUAACUUUUCACAAUUAAAUGGAAUAAAAUAGAAGUGAGCUAAUGAUCCUUCUUAAUGCUUAUACAACUGUCUAUGUUGAACGUUAAGAAAAGUUUGUUAUUUAAUUGGUUUUGAACCAGUUCCAUGAUUUCCCUGCAUCAGCAUUUUCUUUUGUGUUGAACUGUUUAAUAUUUGAAUUUCUGUAAAUUGGGGAAGCAAGGGUUGCAAAAGCAAAUGUAAAGUGAGGUUUCACAAAGAAUGUUGAAUCUGGCAAUAUAUAUUGUAUCCUCUAAAGGAGGCUUUUCCUUUCUUCUCUUAUGAUUUGUUUUGAAAUAGAGGUAAAUGAAGAGUCUUUUGCUCUGUAAAAAAAAUAUGUAAUCUCUUCUCAGAAUCAGUUCGAGCAUGUAUUUGCAACAUGAUGCUAUUCUUUGUGAAAUCUUGCUGUUUGAUAAAGUAUAUGUGUAUUUAGCAUCCUUGUUUUUCUUUAUGCUAAAGUGGAUACAGCUGUCAUGGGGCAGAAGAGACGGGACCAGCUGCUGGCCACACUUCCUGCUUUAUUUUAAAAGGUAGUAUGAGAAAAAGGGGGGAAGGUAACAGGGCAUUUCCUCUAUUUCAUAUUAAAAGAAUAGUAAGACAAUAAUGUGAAUCAGUUGAAUAACUAAUCUAACCUGUCAAGAAAGUUAAUAUGGUAGUAAUGUGAAAAGUAACUGUGUUAAAAAAGCACUUGCUUUUGUGUUAAUCAGUGGGCUCUUGUUUUUUUGUGUGAUUGGCUAUCAUUUCAACAUUCAUUUGAGGUAUCAAAGACCAUUGGUCUUAACUCAGUAACAAGAUUUCUGUGAUACAUUUAGGAGUGCAAUUAAAAGUAAAUCCUAAUCCGCUGUUUUUUUCCUUGAGUAUGGGUGUUUACAUUGUAAUGUUACACACAUACUUGCUUCUCUGAAUUAUCAGUCUUUAUAUAUAACUGAUACAUAACACGUGCAUACAUAUAUACGAAGGAUUUUGAGUUUCUCCUCUUACUCUGUGUUAUGUUUUUCAGUUUUUAAUUGGAAUAGGUUCUUUUUAUAUGGCCCCUCCAGUAACUCUGCCUUUCUAAAGCUUAUUGUCUCUUAUCCUAUACUACUUUAUAUUGCUAGUUUUUCUUUAGUAGACUGAUCAUUGUUUGCUACGCUUCAUAUUUUCUGCAGUUGGUGCAUUUUUACAGUUACUUUUCACCAUAGGCAUUUUGUUGACGUGACAUUAUUGUGGAAGUGGAAAAUUUCCUCCCCUUUUCUUUUGUAUGUUUGAAACAAAUUUAUUGGAUAAAAAUAUUCUGGGUAUUUUAUCCACCUUGUGUGUCAGUGCCCACUGAAGAAUAAACUGUUGUAUUUAAAUACACACAGAGUUGUUAAUAUGCUCAGCAUGGCAAGUGACACAUCUGCUAAGAAAAAAAAACCCAGAAAUCUGAAUGCAGGGAUUUUAGUGCCUUUUGGCACAUUUUAAAGCCAAAUAGAAUUGCAACCUCCCCUCCUUCUUGCUUACUAGUUGGUGGAAUAUUAUUAAAUAUUUCUUGAAGUGGAAGCCUUGAACAGAAUAAUCUUAACAGUACUUGAAAAAUGUAUGAAUGUUUCUAUGUAACUAGUUCUGUCAUACUUAAAACGACGCAAUGUCCUAAUAAAAAAGAGAUGUAUUUAUCUUCAA